AUGUUUGGUGGAAAUGCGAAAACUCAUUUUCAAGUUCUCGGAAGAGACAUAAAAUCGAAGGGAUACAUGAUGUCACCUUUUGGAGAUGAACGAUGGGAUUUAGACGAUAAUGAAAAGUUAAAAAAAAUAUAUAAGGAUCCCAGUAAAAUACAAAAUUAUACAAAAAAUAAUAAUUGUUUGAACGCAUCUCAGGUCAGUGUAAAUUUACAAUCGAAUCAAAAUUAUCAAUUAAACGAAAAUCCUUAUCAACAACACAAUCCUUAUCAAACUAUGAAACCUUGUAUUUACGGUUACGCUCCCGCGGAACCGGUUAGCGGCGCACAACAUCACCAACAAAUAUAUUACGGUGAUGUUGUAAACAACGUUCAUCAAUAUCAACGACCGAAAGAUCAACAAGGAACUAAACAAUAUGCCGAAUGUCAACCGACUCCAGUUAAACGUUUCAACGGAUUGAAUAACGAAGAAACAAAACAAAAAUCUAAAUUGCCUCCGGGACAGGUUAAUAAUAAUAACAACAAUCACAGACCUUGGAAAUCAUUAACGGAUGUUCCCGUAUGGAUACCUGCAAGUUCAUUGUAUAGGCCUUUUGGUCCAGCAGAACCCACGCCAAAUCCUUUUUACCCACCUAGGGAAAAAAAUACCUACACUCCACAAAUAUAG